AGCUCAUGAAUUGGUACCAUUUGUUUCUAUAUUUUUUUCUUCUUUCGAUCACUUUCUUCUCAUAAACAAAUUAAUUAAAACACCUCGAUCCAUAUAUCUCGCAUUCCACCCGCCAUGGCGUCACCAUCCCCGAUCCUCCUCCUCAUCUUCGUCAUCGUCCCAAUCGUAGCAAUAAACCCGAAUAAGCUCGUUCCUCCUGACACUUCCGCUAGUGGGGUAUCAAGGCUAGACCAAUCCAAGUGCGGCGGUUGUCCAUGCAACCAGCCAUGCUACACUGCUCCGCCACCACCACCGCCACCUCCCAAGAAGCCGCCAACUCCAACUCCGAGCGGCGUCAACUGCCCUCCACCACCCUCAUACAUUUACAUAACUGGUCCACCCGGGAAUCUUUAUCCCGUUGACCCCUAUUAUUAUCAUUCAAAUUCCCACCGUCUUGUCAUGGCACCGCGGCCGCUUCUUGUUGCCGUUGGAGUGAUAAUGGGCAUUAUUAUGCUUGCUUUUUGGUAAUUAACUAUAUUAAUUAAUUAAUCUUGCGGAGUUGAAUGCACAAGUAGAGAAAAAAAGGCAUAUGGGGACGUACUGGGAAAUUAAGAAGAUUCUAUUCUUAAAUAUAUAUAUAGCAAAAAAGAACGCUUUAUUUGUGAAUCGAAUCGAAGAAGAAUAAGCAAUUAAGUUCUAAAUAA